UCUGAAAAGAUCUUGCUCAAAGAUUCCUACGUGUUAUGUACUCACUUACUCCAGAGCAAAGGAGUUGUGGACUAUCCAUAUCAAAAUCUUAUAAUAUAUAUAAUAUAUUUAUGUAUAUAAUGUAUAUAUGUAUAUAUAUCAUUAUCUCUCUCUCCCAUUCUCUUGUAUGUAUAUAUUUAUGUGUGUGUGUGUGUGUGUGUGUGUGGUUGUAUUUUGAGUAGCCGCCAAUGGGAAUAAAUGAAGGAAUAUGAAACGAAAUGAGAAAGAGGGGCGACAUGGGUGACUGAGAGAAGCGCGAUGGCCAGCAGGGAAAGGAGGAAUGGAAGAUGAGAUCGUGGACAAGGAGCGACUGAGGUGGUGUGACGUCAUCGUCGCCAGAGAUACCGAGAAGCGAAGGUAUAAAAGCGGCCGCGGCGGGCGGGCGGCGUGCGUGUCCCCGGUGCCAGCGUGGCGAGCAGAGGGCCAGUCUGACUGCCGAGUGUUGGUGAUUGCAUCGACAGCGGCGGUACAGAAGCCAAGGUACAGAGUAGGUCCAGUUCGAGCACAGCUGCUCCGGCCCCGCCACCACCGUUGCGAUGUACGAGUGCCCGUUUGUGUCCUGCGAGGAGGGCGGACCCCAGCCGAGAGCGACCCCCUCCAAGGUGAAGCGAAGGUUCAGCCUCAGGAGAAGCAAGGUGGGCGGGGGCAAUGAGAACGCGGCGCCCGGUGCCACGGCGUUGCCAGGGUCCGGCGCCGCCGCCCCCCCUCCGUGGCUCCAGAGCUUGGAGACGCCGCCGAAGCGAAAGGACUCCUUCAGCUCGGGCGUGAGAAGGAAGUCCUUGCGGCUUGUGGCUCUGUCCUUUCGGCAGGCGUCGGGACAGAAGGCCAAAGGGGGCCCCUCCCCGCCUUCGGACGCGCCGUCGGUGUUCGAGCGUGAGUGCCUCAACAACCUCUCGCCCAACGACCCCGAGUUCGUGCGGCGGACGUCCAUGCGCUGGCGGAGGAAGACCGGGCUCGCCGCCCCGCCGCAGGCCGCGCUCUUUCGAGUGCCUCCCGCGCACGGCUGCCUUCUGGAGGUCCCUCUCGUGUCCGCUUACGGCGCCAAGUUCGAGUGGCCAACGCACCCCAGCCAGCAGCCCGCCGCCCACAAACGCGUGUCGGUCCCUCAGAGGCCCCACGACGUCCCCGUGGCCCUAGUGCCUCCGUCCCUACCCCCGCACCACCUCCCCUUCGGCGCCCACGCCUCUCAGCGCCGCGACCUGCUCAUGAGAUCACAGCGCCGACACUCCGCGUCGGGGAUUGCCCAGCGGGCCCUGCAGUCGAGCCCCAAGCCCUGCGGGAGGGAUCCCGCUGAGAGACUUCAGAAGAGGAGCCUGCAGCCGUCGCGAGGAUGCCCUUCCUUCGGCGGGGACAGGAAGGGCGCGCCGACGUACAGAAGAGACGUGAGGAGGUCUUCCUUGCGGAGCGGCGACGACCCCGUGACUGAAGGGUUUUUGAAGUUGCUGAGAGGAGAUGUAAGGCACAGAAAAACGUACAAGGGAAGCAAAAAAAGCGAAAAUCUACAUAAGGAGAAAAACCUCGAAGUCGACCAUUUACUCCCCACGACCACGCCGCUGCGCCGCUUAAGUCGCAGACUUCGCAAGUCCUUCGGAAGUCACAAGCGAGACAGCGACGUGUGGUCCCAGAGUGACCUGUCGUCGGCUAGCGACUUGUCUUCCACAUCCUCAAGAUCCUCUCACAGCUAUUUAUCGGCCACUCUCUCGUCCUCGUCGUCCUGUCGAAGUGACCUGUCCUUCAGGAGUGACCUGUCCUCCUCUUCCUUCUCCUCGUCGCCCUCCUCCGUCUUCUCCUCCUCGUCCUCCUGCCACAGCGACAUAUCCACGCUGUCGUCAUCUAUCCGCUCAUCGUCGUCAUCGCCUUCCCGUCUCGGCUUUCAUGAGAUCUUCGUUGCCGAAACUGAAGUCGCUGAAACGUUUGCGAUCAUGUUCCCGUCGGAGCCGCGGCCGGAGUGGCACAGGCACCUUCGGCAGGUGCUUCACAAGGCGGGCCAGAAGAUCUUCAAGAAGCCGGAACACCACGAUACUCAUAUCCCCGAGAAUUUAAGAUACCAGCUCAAGCAAAUAUACGUGUACUAGCUGUUGUCUCGCGUCUACUAGGAGAGUUGUGCCUUCCGUGUCCUAGGGAGGGUCUGCUAGCUGAUCUCCGUCUGCUAGGAGAGUCGCGUCUGCUGGCGGAGGGGGGGGCGGCUCACGAGAGGCUGCCUCCCCCCGCUCGUCUGCCGGGAGAAGGCCUUCUGCACGGAGGCCUGGAAGCUGCUGGCAGGUCGGCUGCGCCCUCCUGCGUCAUUCGUUCAUCUUCAGUGUCAUCAUUGUCAUUUUUGUCCUCUCCUUUGUUCUCUCAUUCUUGUUCCUCCUCUUCUAUUUGUUAUUUUUCUUAUUAUUCUUAUUCUUCUUCCUCUUCUACCUCUCCCUCGCCCAUCUCAACGCCAAACCCACCAGAGAGUCUUUCAGUCGUUCUCUCCAUCUCUUUCUGCAUCAUUCCAUUUCCUUCUUCGUUCUCCACCUCUCCUUUCAUUUUCUCUCCGCCAUCCCUCCCCUUCGCAUUAAUUUAUCCAAAUGAAUAUUUAUCAGACAAAUUGAUUAUUUAUCAUCCAUCUGUUCGGAAAAAAGGAAGAUAAAAAAUGCAAAAUGUGUGAAUAGGAUUUUUUUUCCUUCGAUGAUAUGGAAUCCUCAGCGCUUGUUGCAUUUAGUCAUUUUGUUUCGUCAGUUCUGUACUGAAAGGGCUUUUGUAAAGAAAGAUUGUUAUUAUUUAUAUCCUCCCGUGUUAUGCCUUUCUUUCCAAACGUAGGCCUGUGUAUUUGCUUCUUGUGUUUGUUUUACUUGUUUUAUUGCCCUAACGUAAAGGCAAAAAGCAAAAUGUAAACACGACACAAAAGAUACCAAAGCCUAUUUAUUUCUCACUUGAAACUUCAUUCAAUCAUCCAUAUAUACAUGUGUGUGUACAUACAUAUACGUAUAUACACACAGAUGUGUGUAUAUAUAAAACUGACACUGGUUUUCCGAAAGCCUCGUGGACACAACAGCUAGAAAACUGUAUCUGUGCUUGGGGUAGACAUAUUUUCAGAUAUCAGAUGACCUGCACACUCUCUCUCUUUCUCUCCCCCUCAAUUCCUUUCCAUUGCAGUCAUCAGAUGUGUGAUAGAUGCUUACUGUGUUAUUCAAGGCGAUCAUCCAGCGUGCACAACAGCCAAACCCAACAUUUGAUUUCGUAUUGGUUGUGUUUCCCCUCUUGGGCGAGAAGAAAGAAAACGGAAUUUUGUUGGUCCGUGUGUGCAGCCGCGGAUGGUCUCCUUCCUCAGGGAUUCAUUUUGUAUAUGUUUAUUUCACGGCUGUUCUCUUGAUUAUCUUCCUGUUCCUGCGUGACGGAAGUGGAAACAGCGAUAUCAUUGUAAAUUUACUCAUCCAUGGAUAAGAGUUUAUAAAUGGUUUUAGUCUUCAACGCAAUGCCUGUGCUUUUUAUUCCUGAUCGAUUUUUUUUUUUUUUAACAAACUGUAUUCGAUUUCUUGGCUUUGUCCAGAACUUUGUGUGGUUGCCAGCAUUUUUUAUAAUGUCUGUUAAUCUCAUCUGAUGUUGAUUAAUCUCUUUAUCAUGACAGUGACGCUAUCGAUGGUUUGGUGAAACGACCUGCGAUAGAUCUUUUGAUGUGAAUGUCUUACAAAGGUUUCGACAUGUGAUACGAAGCCUGAAAUGAGGGAAUUCGAAGAAAGUUAACUACGUUUCCCGAUUUUUUCUUUUUUGUGUGUGUGAAAAUUGAGAUGAAUUUGAAAUUCACUUGGAAUUCGAAAUGAAUAUUGAAUCAAUGGCAAAAAUGAAUAGUAUUAGGAAAUUUUAAAUUAAUAAGUUCAUUAAUAAAAUAAUUAUCAUGGCCAAAACUGAGGAAAAUACAAAAUAUUGGUCCAUGAAAUUCGAUGUGUUGUAUAUGUAACAAAACUGUUAAAUUAAUAUUAAUGUAUUUUUGAGAUUAUUUAUAAACUAAUCAUAUGGAGCCAGUGAAUUGUAGAUCGUAAGGAAAUAUAUUCGUCGGAGGAUUUUGGACUUGAGAAUGUUCUGUUUAAAGGGUUUUUAGUAUUGCCUUUCAAUCUAUUUUUCUGCAAUAGUUACCAUGAUGUUCUAAAAUUUUAGAUGCCAUUCCAAAAUAUUUAAAUUUUCCCCUUUUCGUAGAUUUUAAAAAAUCAUUGGUCAUUCGUUUGCAGUGUUCCAAAUUAUUUAAUUUUUUUUUCCCCCUUUUUGUCUUCUGAGUUUUCCUUUAUUUUCUCUUCUUUUUCCAUUCAACGUUAAGAAAUACACUAAUCAAGAGAUAAUCAUAUUGCAUCCAACUUUGUAAGACGUACAAUUAUUAUUGCAAACGGUAUGCAUUGCGUCAUCCAGUGUCGUGACGUCACCACGGCCUGUCCUGGUAACGAAUGACUGUCUAUUUGCGCAAUCAUGUCGCUCAAAAUACCAAUAGGUUCAGUAAUACAGUAAUUCACACUCUCCGCGCGUUUACAAGCGAUUGCUGAUCAUAAACAUGGCGUGGCUUGCGUUCACAACCACUAUGAUCACCAAGCUUGUCGCGUUCACAGGCUCGACCCCAAAGUGUUGAGUGUUCGUACAGGCUCGUACAAGCUCGUCAUCCCUGGGCAUUAUCACUACAAGCUGCAUUUAAGUACCCAGGCUCUUCUUCAAUUGCCCACGCAUUCAGUCCUUCGCCCUUACUCUUUUCGUCUGUCUUGUGUAUAUUUUUUUUAUCUGUCCUUCUCUCUCCUGCAAUUCUCCCCCUCCCCCCCCCUCUCCCUCUUUUCCCUAUCUACCUAUUCCCUUAAAGCAAUAUUUGUGGGAAAUAAGUGCAAAAGAAGUCUCAGAAAAUACAUAACUAAGUAACAGUAUUUUUGUAUGUAUCACUAUGUCGAUAUCUGCUGGGCAUGUCCCCCAAAAGUAGUUAUGUGAACUUGACAUGCCUAUUUUUUCCCAAAAUGUGUGUAGAUUUUCAUAUAACAAAGCAUGUCUGCAGAGAACAGAAGCGACGGUCAAAUGCAUUCUUAGCAGCUCCUCAUAGUUCGUGAUGACCUUUGACCUAUUUUAUUGUGGAAAAAAGUGAAUCCCAACACCCCAGUACAGUGACCUUACAAUGACCAAAACUGUAAUGACCUGAACACACUUCAUGACCCUUUGAAGCUUCGUUUCAGGCCGUAAUCAGUUUUUAUUUUAAUGUAUAUUAUUUCAUGUGUCUUUUUGUUAUAUAUAUUUUUUUCAUUAUUUUUAUUAUCAUUAUUGUACAUGAGGUUGUGCCAUACACCUAUACUGACCUGGUGUUUUUUCAUUAUCAUUUUCAAUAUGUGACAUAUAAUGUAACUUAUCGAUAGUUGGUUUGUUACAAUAAAAGCAUUUUAGUUAAAUAAGAAA